AUGCACCAGCAUGUAAGAGACAUGCACCAGCUUGCAAGAGACAUGCACCAGCUUGCAAGAGACAUGCACCAGCUUGCAAUAGACACUACAUCAGCUUGCAAGAGACAUGCACCAGCUUGCAAGAGACAUGCACCAGCUUGCAAGAGACAUGCACCAGCUUGCAAGAGACAUGCACCAGCUUGCAAUAGACACUACAUCAGCUUGCAAGAGACAUGCACCAGCUUGCAAGAGACAUGCACCAGCAUGCAAGAGACAUUACAUUAG